AUGGAUUUUUGGGGGGGCCCCAUGCAGUGUUUUUUUUUUUUUUUUUCAGCAUGGAGUUACCCCUACCUGAAGGGCUUGUUGUGGAUGGGAGGGGGGACCCCCUGAAUGGCUUGGUAUGGAUGAGAGGGGGGACCCAUGCUGUUUUUUAUUUACUAUGGUGCUGGUUUUUAAAUUUAAUUCUCCCUUUUUUUUUUUUUUCUUCACUAUAGCUCAGAAAUUCACCUGUCACUUCCCCCAGCUAAAAGAGAAAGUUUUCUUGGAAUUUAUAUCCCUAAAGGAAACAAUGUUUACUUUGAGUUUAUUAAAAGAUACAAAGUUUUCUGUAACUUCGGGAAAGUGACUUCUAAGCUUGUGAACUAUAGUGAAGGAAAAAAAAAAGGCUGGCAUUUGCAUUUGA